ACUUAAACCCUGGCUGACAUCAUGUUUUUUCUCCAGCGCAGCCUAUCAGGACGGAGCCGGCCGCCCGGCGCUGGGUGCCGGCCCUGAGGCAGCGGGGCGGGAACGCUGAGGGAACUCGGAGGAGCGGCGUUCCAGCCACGGCAAGGAGCGGCUGGGCCCAGAGGCGCCAGCCGGGAUACUCCAGGCAGCCUUUMAAGCCACUUCGCCCUCAGCGGUGUGCCCGGUUCAUCACACCGAGCUCCGGACCCGUGUGCCCGGGCCCCUCGGGGACACCUGCCGUGCCUGUGCGCACCAGCCGAGCGUAAAGAGCUGGUGGGGCGGUGGCUGUAAAGGCUGAGACAGGAGACAGGGCUCCCUUCUCCCUCUCCGCACUGAGAGUCCCGGAGCAGCGGGAGCGCCGGACGGGCGGCCGCAGCCAUGCCGGGCGGUAAGGAGACGCGGCUGCUGCACCUCGGCGAGAUGGAGAAGCUGGACAAGACCCUCUUCAGGCUGGAGCAGGGUUUUGAGCUACAAUUCCGAUUGGGCCCAACUCUUCAGGGCAAGCCCGUUACYGUGUACACAAAUUAUCCAGCUUCUGGAGAAGUAUUUGAUCGCCACAAGUUCAGGACACUAUCAUGGCACAAUCCCACAGGAAAAGAAGAUGACUCUGACAAAUACUGCAAGUUGGAUCUCCAAAUUUCUGGGUCAUACCAGUACUAUUUUAGUCUUGGAAAUGAAAAAAGUGGUGGAGGCUACAUAGUUGUGGAUCCCAUUUUGCAUGUUGGAGCUGAUAAUCAUGUACUACCUUUGGAUUGUGUUACGCUCCAGACGUUCCUCGCUAAAUGUCUGGGACCGUUUCAUGAAUGGGAAGAUAGGCUUAAAGUGGCAAAAGAAACAGGUUACAACAUGAUUCAUUUUACACCACUGCAGAAGCUUGGACUGUCUAGAUCAUGUUAUUCACUGGCUGAUCAGUUAGAAGUAAAUCCAGAAUUUUCAAACCAUAAUAAGAAGUGCACUUGGAGCGAUAUAGGAGCACUUGUGGAGAAAUUGAAAAAUGAAUGGAAUAUGCUUUGCAUCACAGAUGUAGUCUACAAUCAUACUGCUACUAACAGCGAAUGGCUCAGGAUGCAUCCAGAAUGUGGCUAUAACCUUGUAAAUUCUCCUCACCUGAAACCUGCUUGGGUCCUGGAUAGAGCUCUGUGGCAUUUGACCGGUAUGGUGGCUGAUGGAAAAUGUAUUGCCAAAGGGGUCCCUCCCUUGAUUGAAAAUGAUCAGCACUUGAAUUGUUURCGUAAAAUAAUUUGUGAAGAUAUAUAUCCAAAAAUUAAACUAUGGGAAUUUUUCCAAGUGGAUAUUAACAAAGCUGUGCAGCAAUUUAAAAGCCUUCUAACGCAAGGCAAAAUGAGCACUAAAUCCGAUCCAAAUCAACAUCUUCAAAUAAUUCAGGACCCUGAUUAUAGACGACUUGGCUGUACUGUAGAUAUGAAUAUAGCACUGGCAACAUUCAUCCCACACAGCAAUGGACCAGCUGCAAUAGAAGAAUGUUGUAACUGGUUUCGCAAGAGGAUUGAGGAACUAAAUGCUGAGCAAUACAGACAGACUUGUCACCAUCAAGAACAGGCUGUGAAUUGCCUUGUGGGGACUGUGGUUUAUGAACGAAUCGCCUGUAAUGGUCCUAAGCUGGGUCUUAUCAGUAGAAAACAUCCCUUGGUUACGAGGUAUUUUACAUAUCCAUUCAAAGAGCUGACUGUGGAGGAAGAAGAAGCUAUGAUACAUCAGCCAGAUAAAGCUUGUUAUUUCAUGGCUCAUAAUGGCUGGGUUAUGGGAGAUGAUCCUCUUAGAAACUUUGCAGAACCGGGUUCAAAUGUUUACUUGAGGAGAGAGCUCAUUUGUUGGGGAGACAGUGUGAAACUGCGUUAUGGUAAUAAACCUGAAGAUUGCCCAUAUCUCUGGGCACACAUGAAAAAAUACACUGAAAUCACUGCCAAAUAUUUCCAUGGUGUUCGUCUGGACAACUGCCACUCMACACCUAUUCAUGUAGCUGAGUACAUGCUGGACACAGCUAGAAAAUUACGAGCCGAUUUGUAUGUAGUGGCUGAACUGUUCACAGGAAAUGAGGAGCUGGACAAUAUCUUUGUGAAUAGGCUGGGCAUUACCUCCUUAAUAAGAGAGGCCAUGACUGCUUACAAUAGCCAUGAAGAGGGGAGGUUGGUUUAUCGGUUUGGAGGUGAGCCUGUCGGAUCUUUCGUCCAGCCACGAUUGAGGCCUUUGAUGCCAGCUAUUGCUCAUGCACUGUUUAUGGAUAUUACACAUGAUAAUGAAUGUCCAAUUCAGCACCGAUCUGCAUAUGAUGCUCUUCCCAGUGCAAUGAUUGUUGCCAUGGCAUGCUGUGCUACAGGAAGUACCAAAGGCUAYGAUGAACUAGUACCACACCAGAUCUCUGUAGUAUCUGAAGAGAGAUUUUAUGCAAAAUGGAAUCCAGCAGCACAUCUGAGUUCUGGUGAAGUUAAUUUCCAAACAGGAAUUCUAGCAGGAAGGCUGGCCAUAAACAGACUGCAUCAGGAGCUGGGAGCUAAAGGCUUUAAUCAGGUGUAUGUAGAUCAAGUUGAUGAAGAUAUCGUUGCAGUGACAAGACACUGCCCUAACACACACCAGUCUGUUGUGGCUGUGUGUCGAACUGCAUUCAGGGAUCCUAAAACUUGUUUCUACAGUAAAGAAGUACCUGAAAUGUGUAUCCCAGGAAAAAUAGAUGAAGUAGUACUUGAAGCUAGGACUAUCGAGAGAAGUGCUAGUCCUUACAAAAAAGAUCUACAUUUUAUAAAUGGAUUACCUAAUUUCACAAUGGAACUCAGAGAGCAUAUCCAGAUUAAGGACAGUAAAAUCAUAAAGCAAGCUGGAACUGCCAUAAAAGGUCCAAAUGAAUUUGUUCAAGAAAUAGAAUUUGAAAGGUUAACACCCGGAAGCGUAAUAGUAUUCAGAGUUAGUCUUGACCCAAAGGCGCAGGAGGCUGUGGGUAUGCUCCGCAGUCACUUGAUCCAGUUCAGCUCUCAUUUUAAAUCUGGAAGUCUUCCUGAUGAUCAUUCAGCACCUUUAUUAAAAACACCAUUUUCUUCUAUUGCAUCUAAACUAACUUUGGCUGACCUGAAUCAAGUGUUGUAUAGAUGUGAGGCAGAAGAACAAGAAGAUGGUGGAGGCUGUUACAAUAUACCAAACUGGUCACCCCUAAAGUAUGCAGGCCUCCAAGGUUUAAUGUCAGUGAUGGCAGACAUUAGACCRAAGAAUGAUUUGGGUCAUCCAUUUUGUGAUAAUUUAAGAUCUGGAGACUGGAUGAUUGAUUAUGUCAGUAAUCGUCUGAUUUCACGUGCUGGAGCCAUUGCAGAAGUUGGUAAAUGGUUGAAGGCCAUGUUUGUCUACCUGAAAAGAAUUCCACGUUACCUCAUCCCAUGUUAUUUCGAUGCCAUAUUGGUGGGUGCAUACACAACGCUGCUGGAUGUGGGAUGGAAUCAAAUGUCUAGCUUUGUGCAGAAUGGAUCAACAUUUGUUAAACACCUUUCCUUGGGUUCAAUCCAGUUGUGUGGGAUAGGAAAAUACUCCAGUCUGCCAGAUCUGUCUCCUUCCUUACAUGAUGUUCCCUAUAGGCUGAAUGAGGUUACAAAUGAGAAAGAACAAUGUUGUGUUUCCUUGGCAGCUGGUUUACCUCACUUUUCUUCUGGAAUUUUUCGUUCGUGGGGAAGGGAUACUUUUAUUGCACUAAGAGGUUUACUGUUAGUUACUGGGCGCUAUCUAGAAGCAAGAAACAUCAUUUUAGCAUUUGGUGGGACUUUAAGACAUGGUCUCAUUCCCAAUCUGCUCGGCGGAGGGACACAUGCCAGAUACAACUGUCGUGAUGCUGUAUGGUGGUGGCUUCAGUGUAUCCAGGACUACUGUAAAAUUGUUCCAAAUGGGUUAGACAUUCUCAGGUGUCCUGUUUCUAGGAUGUACCCAAGAGAUGACUCCUCUCCUCAGCCUGCAGGCACUGUGGAUCAGCCACUUUAUGAAGUGAUACAGGAAGCAAUGCAACGACAUAUGCAAGGCAUAAAUUUCAGAGAAAGAAAUGCUGGUCCACAGAUUGAUCAAAACAUGAGAGAUGAAGGUUUUAAUGUAACUGCAGGCAUUGACCAUGAAACUGGMUUUGUCUUUGGGGGGAACCGAUUCAAUUGUGGCACUUGGAUGGAUAAAAUGGGAGAGAGUGACAAAGCUCGCAACAAAGGAAUUCCAGCUACUCCAAGAGACGGCUCUGCUGUGGAAAUGGUUGGCCUGUGCAAGUCAGCUGUCCGCUGGUUGAUGGAUUUAUCUGUGAAAAACAUAUUUCCAUUCCGGGGAGUCACAGUAAAAAGACAUGGAAAGGAGGAGAUAAUCACGUAUGAUGAAUGGGACAGGAAAAUUCAAGGACACUUUGAAAGGCUGUUCUUUGUCUCUGAGAAUCCAGCAGAUCCUAAUGAAAAACACCCAGAUCUUGUACACAAACGUGCAAUUUAUAAGGACAGCUAUGGAGCUUCAAGUCCAUGGUGUGAUUACCAACUCAGGCCAAAUUUUCCAAUAGCAAUGGUUGUGGCCCCUGAGUUGUUCACACCUGAGAGAGCUUGGAAAGCUCUGCAGAUAGCAGAGGAAAAGCUUCUUGGUCCAUUAGGCAUGAAAACCUUAGACCCAGAUGAUAUGGUGUACUGUGGAGUAUAUGACAAUGCUCUUGACAAUGACAACUACAAUAUAUCCAGAGGUUUUAAUUAUCACCAAGGACCUGAAUGGCUGUGGCCAAUUGGAUAUUUUCUUCGUGCCAAAUUAUACUUCUCUAGGUUGAUUGGUCCAGAGAUAUAUGCAAAAACUGUAGUUAUGGUUAAGAAUGUUCUUUCUCGCCACUAUGUUCAUCUUGAAAGAUCAUCCUGGAAAGGGCUUCCAGAACUAACCAAUGAGAAUGGGCAGUACUGUCCUUUUAGCUGUGAAACUCAGGCCUGGUCAAUUGGUGUUAUCCUGGAAACCCUUUAUGACUUGUAAAAGUUUAUUUUGAUUGAUUUGAUGAAACUUCUGUGGUCUUACUAUUGGGCAUAAAUGAACACUUGGCUUAGACUGCAAGGGAAAUUAACUGUUCUGCACAAUCACUUAAGCUGUGUCCUGACUUUCAAAGAUGCUGAAUGCCAGCAGCUCUUGUGCCCUAUAACUGUGUGGGGCUUAGGUUUUUUUUGAAAUUCAGGCCAUGACAAUAAAACAAAACUGCAGUGCACACUUGAUGCAGAAACUUUUAGUAUGGAGCAAUUUUAAGAAUAUGCACAAACUUAAUUUUAAAUAGCUUUGGUUUUUUAGCCUUUUCAAAACAAAAUCUUAAUGURACAAAGUAAAUAAGCUCCUUCCUGAGCUAAAAAUAAGUAGCACAGCUCUUAUGUUUUUUUUUCUUUGUCUCUUAAAGAGUAAAUUAAUGUUUUUGCAAAUGCAUGCUUAAGGGGGAGUAGACUAACCUCUAGCUUUGAGUUUGGUAUGCUUUGUGCUCUAGCACGGUGCAUUAAUGAAAGCAUAAUAUGUUAUCUCUCCAUUGAACUGUAUCAUGGGGAUGUUUUUGUAUGUGUUCAAUUGAACACUCCACUAAGCAACCACAGAAAUAAAGUGUAUGAAUACUGUAAUAAAUCAAUUUUUGAAGUUAUAUAUAAAAUUUUGAAAACUUUACUUUGAGAGUUACCUCGAGCAAUAAUGAGGUAACACCCUAUGUUAAUCUACUUUUAGAUGUAUUUCAAUAUCAUGAGCCAUAUAGCAAACCUGUUUUCUCAUUCAUAUCUGGUUUUUGCCAUGGAUAAUUCAUCAGAAAUGUGCAUACAAUGCACAGUCUAUAUGUUAGGGAAGGCCAACAUGCUUGACUGCUUAAUUUAUUGAAGAGAUAUGGUCACCUAAGCCCUUCAUUUUUGGGAAAAUCCUAGCUCUAUUGAAUCAGGUGGAAGCACUUAACACAAUGGAAAGAUGUACUAGCCUACAGUCAGAGAAGAGAAUGGCUUCUGGACCUUUUGAAGUAUCAUCAAUAACAAUCAGCAUGCUACCUCUAAAUGGUGUCCUUUGGGAACAAAUCCAGUGAACAUGAUGCAUAAUGUGUGUUUUUCCAUAUUUGGAUGCCUCCAUGUCCUUAAGUUCAAUUCAGGGUUCACUGAAUUACAWACUGAGAGGAGUGCAGUUUGUAAUUCUCAACUCUUCAUACGAUCCUUCCAUCUUAGUGCAAUAAACCGGCAGAGAGUGAGGUUGACACUUCCUACAUCACAAGGCAGAAAAGCAGAAGCACUAUUUCUURAUGUUAGACAACAAAUGCUGAAGAAGUAAAUACAGGAUGUAAUUAUAAUGCACUAAAACACAUAGAUCAAGAUUUUAUUGUUUCUGUAUUUUAAAGUUUCUGUAUCCUGUCUAAAGUACAGUGCACACAUGCUGUUUUGUUCAGGGAGAUGUGUUACAGGUAGUACAUGUAAGGGCAAGUUAACAGGCUCAAGAGAGAUGAAUUGUAAGAGAUGGCUAUACUUAUACACUAUUUAUUUGAAAGGUUUUUAAGGAUUUUAACUCCCUUGCUGAAGUGUUCAGUCCUUAGAAGUUAGGAAUAGGUAAUGUCUAUAUUAUACCUGAACUUUUGAGCUGCUGCAGUACAUGGGUUGAGAAAUUUUUAUUUUCUYGACACAAUGCGUAAGGAAUGUCAUUUGAUCAAAAAAUGUUACUGAAAUGUCAGCUACAGAUUAUUUUUUUAAUGUACAAGAGGCAUAAAAAGUAUUUUUCAUACUGUACUGAACUUUCCAAAAUUCUUGAUAAUUAUAUUGAGGUUUAUGUCCUACUGUAUCAUUUACUUUUUACUGUUUUCCUGGAUACUUGUUUAUUAUUWCAAGAUAUGUUUUAUGGCUCCUGUGAUUUAGAAAGCAGGAAUGAAAUGGCAGAAAAAAUUGUUCUUACUUCAUGAAARCACUUUAAAAUUGGAAGUGCAGCUUAAGAGCUAUGACUGUUGAAGAAGAUUUCCACCAGGUGUCAAAAUUAUAUAUAUUGGCAGUAACACUCUUUAAGUGUUGGGAAAAAAAAACAUGAGAAAUUUUUCAUCACAACCUUCCUAUGUUAUGUACAGAUUGCUUUCCAGUUUUGCAAACUGCACUGCUGAUAGAGACUGCAUAUUUGUCACUGCUAGGGUUUUUUUCUAAUUUAAUAGUAAAAUUUUAAAGAUAAAUCACCACUGUGUACACAAAAAUAUAUAUGUUAUGGAACUUCUAAACAUGCCCAUUUAUAAUGUUGCUUCUGCACUGAUUAGUUGAGCAUAGUUUUAGUGACAAAUACUUUAAAUAGGGAAAAAUGAUAUAUUGGUUGACUUUGCUGUUAAGUAGCAACAAAAGUAAGAUUUAAGGUUAUUAACUUUUGGGGGGGUGGUGGUUUAUUGGUUUGGGAGGUUUUCUUUUUUUUUUUUCCUCAAAAAGCUACUCAACACUUUGUCAAGCCAGACAGUUUAAAAAUGAUGAGGGAAGAAAACAAUGUUAAAUCUAAUAUAACAUGAGCAGAUAUCCAUAUAGAUCAAGUCAUUAUCCCCUAAAAAUAGCUGACUUAUGUUGACUGAUCCUGAGCUAUAUUAUUAUUGUUUAUCUUUUACAGUCAAAAACAUCUAAUAAUGCAAACAUAUAAUUGGUAAAAUCAAAACUAAAUAACUCAGUAAGAACUGUGCAUCAGUUGUGUUCCAGUUGGUGCUUCUUGAUCUAUAUCAUAUGAAGAAUUAUUUUGCCUCCCAAUUGAAAUAAUUUUAACUGCUACCAAUGUUCGCAGUUAAUAGCUCUUGAUUUAUUCAAAGGUGAUUAACUUGAGAAUUCAAGUAAACUAAUGUAUCAUUCUCAUACUGCAUGUUGUAAUGUAAAAUGGAAACAUGAGCUUUACAUGUCUGUCUAUCACAGCAACAACUGAUUUUAGAAAAUGUCAUUAUUCAUUUCUGAAAUGCACAAAAUAAAAUUCUUUAAUUC